AUGAAUCACGCGAACUGGGUUGAGGUAUUGGAGGUUUUCAAUAUGUGCAUUCUUCAAGGGGACAGCUUUUUGCAAUCUGCGGGUGUGUACGAUGAUCUGUAUUACGAACUGAUCCGAAUGCACAAUUUGUUCCAAAAUUUGCACGAACAUGGGGAGCAUUGGUUGUGGUCCAUCGUAAAUCAUUUCAACGCGAAAAUAGCGGCAUUUGAGAGUGCAAACGGUCUCACCUCAGUUACGGAGAAUCAGGUGUUGGCGGUCGUUCGCGAAAAUUACGAUUCUCUCACGUUGCGGGUACAUGAGGACUUAGAUGUGCCGGACUCCUACGUUGAAGAGGAGGAUCAUCUUCUGUUUGACACAUUGGUCGAGACCGUACUGAAACAAACACGUAAAGAUUGCAUGGACUCUAGUUUGCAAAUGCAGUCCUAUUUCCACGAGCUUUCUGCCAUUUCCUAA